GAGCCGCGGAGCUCACAGAACUGUGCUGUGGUGAAGCUGCCGGGACUUGUUAAGUUCCAGGAAGAAGUCUGCAAACCGCAAGUUCUACAUUAAUUAAGUAGGCUAUGGCAUAACAGAACAAUAACAGCCAAUAGUAAGCUACAGUAGUCUACAUGAAAACGAUUGUGAUCCAAAAGGUAUUUCCUGCAUGGAGUUUGUCGCGAGGGAAGCAGGUGUAUGUUUUCUCAUGAUCUGAGCACAAGCAAGCCAUCUACAAUCUGCAAGUUCUACCAGAAAGGCUUGUGCGCCUAUGGUGAUCGCUGCCGGUAUGACCACAUUAAGCCGUCAGCUGGGCGGGGUGCAGGUGUGCCGGUGGAGCAUUCUAUCCGGGACAGCGCGGCCCCUGCUGCUGCCACAGGAAACUGCCCCCCAGCCGGCUCGGGCCGGAGAGGCAAGAAGCCCCUGGUCCUGAGAGACAGAGCCCUGGGAGGCGCUUGUGAGGGACGCUCUCUGCCGUACACUGGAGAGGGAGCGGAGCUCCAGGAGCCAGAGUGCUGGGAGUACAGGGACGAGGCCUCUCAGGCCAAGCCUCACUCCUACCUGGAUGCCAUCAGGACCGGCCUGGAGAGCUCUGCGGCCGGGCCCUCCUUCCCCAGCGGGCCCCAGCUCUGUCCCUACGCUGCUGCAGGCCAGUGUCACUACGGCAACAGCUGCUCUUAUCUCCACGGAGACAUGUGUGAGAUCUGCAGGCUGCAGGUGCUGCACCCUCAUGACCCAGAGCAGAGGAGAGCACACGAGAAGAUGUGCAUGAUGGCGUUCGAGGUGGACAUGGAGAAGGCGUUCGCGGCGCAGCACAGCCAGGACAAGGUGUGCAGCAUCUGCAUGGAGGUGGUGUACGAGAAGGCCGUGCCCUCCGAGCGCCGCUUCGGCAUCCUGUCCAGCUGCUGCCACACCUACUGCCUCAGCUGCAUCCGCCAGUGGCGCUGCGCCAAGCAGUUCGACAACAAGAUCAUCAAGUCGUGCCCGGAGUGUCGCGUGGUCUCGGAGUUUGUCAUCCCCAGUGUGUACUGGGUGGAGGACCAGCAGGAGAAGAAUCGGCUCAUUGAGGAAUUCAAAACUGGAGUCAGUAAGAAGGCCUGUAAGUACUUUGAUCAGGGGAGAGGGACCUGUCCGUUUGGAGGGAAGUGCUUCUACAUGCACGCCUACCCUGACGGCACGCGGGCCGAGCCAGACAAACCACGCAAGCAGCUGAGCUCCGAGGGCAACGUGCGGUUCCUGAACUCUGUGCGGCUGUGGGACUUCAUCGAGGAGCGGGAGCACCGCGGGGGGCCACAGUACGAGGACGAGGUCAGCGAGCUGGGGGAGCUCUUCAUGCAGCUGUCCGGGGCCGGGGCCGGGGCCGCAGACGAGAGGGGGGUCCCUGCCUCCUACUGAAGGGCCGGGGCCACAGACACAUAUCAAACGGCCGACAACCUCGGGCAAUAAAACUCAGCUCUGCUCAGCUUUUCAUCUCAUGGGUCAUUCUUCCCCCUCCCCUUUGCUGGAAAGAGAAAUAGUACUGCUAUAUAUACAUUGUUUUUAUAUAUACAUGUAUGAGUUCUUGCUAGUGAUAAAGCUGCUGUUUUCCUGAUCCGCUUUAGAUGACAUCUGCCAGACUAAAAAAGGUUUUUAAUGAAUUGAGGUCCUGCAGGCCCGUGUUUCCCAACCGGUCUGACAGAGCACAUCAGGUGAGCGAAGGAGUGCUGUGUGAAGCUUUCAAAAAAUAAUUCACAAACAAAUCCCAGUGUUUCCCAUUAAUUAACUCAGUUGUGGCAGCCUGCCAGUUCUCCAUGUGCUUUUCACAGUCUCUUGCUAGAAGUACACACGAGAUGAGAGCGGGGCUGAUUUUGAGAAGGCAGUUAGACUUGAUCUAUUCUCUGGCUACAUCAUCUUGAAUGUGGUUACAAUUCUUCAUGGAUGUAGCCACUUUCUUUCCUACCAAAGUGAACCAGAUUGAUGCAUUUGAUGGCAAAAUUUGACAAAAUUCAAGGUCCCUUUACCACAGUUUCCAAAGAUCCUGUGGGAAGCACACUCAUUCACAAAAGCCAAAAUAAAUGCUACUAAAAUGCAUUUUUGCUGAAUUCAACCCCAAAAGAACAUUCAGGCGUACUGUUCACGUGUCGCAUCAAUGUAUGACUCACUUUUGAGAGUGGUAUGCUGUGAGAUUCUGUGAAAAGGAAAGAAAAAGGUCAUGCAAGGUUGACUCGUACGAAAACGGUCAAUGCACCCAAAAGAAUUUUAAAAACACAACUUACCAGAGUUCAUUUCCCUGACAUUUGCCACAUGGCAGUGUUUGUAAGGAAAAAAAGUUACAUUUGUUGUAACGACUGUAGUUUCCAAUGUGUGAACUGAAAUGUAAGGUAUAAAUGUUUAUACGAAUGCACACAUUUUUUUGGAGAUUGUGUCAAAGUGAAUAUCAAUAGUAUGAAAUGCAGUGUUGAACUUUGUAGUCUCAUUCUUUUCAUGAGUGAAGAACUUUAAGUAUGGCAUAAUGAAUAACAGUAGUAUGACUACACUACUAUACAAACAUCGUGUACUGUGGACACAACGGUUAUAUUGAAGACCAAAAUAAAUACAUGACAAAAAUGUCCCGUGUUUGAUUGCAUAAUCCAAGUGUUUCCAGUGUUGCAUCCAAGAAUAAACUAUUCACAUGGUAUGCUUGGCCUGAAAUUA